AUGAAUUACAACGAAAAUGAAAAACUAAUAAACAAUACAUGCGUCAACCUAUCUAUCUAUAGAUAUCAAUCUUUCUAUAGAUAUUACUAUAUCCAUUCAUAUCUAUCUAUCUAUCUAUCUAUCUAUCUAUCUAUCUAUCUAUCUAUCUAUCUAUGUCAGUCUAUUCAUAUCUAUCUAUCUAUCUAUGUCAGUCUAUUCAUAUCUAUCUAUCUAUCUAUGUCAGUCUAUUCAUAUCUAUCUAUCUAUCUAUCUAUCUAUCUAUCUAUCUAUCUAUCUAUCUAUCUAUUUCAAACUAUUCAUAUAUCUCUUUUUAUUUCAGCCUAUUCAUAUCUAUCUCAGGCUAUUCAUAUCUAUGUAUUUCAUUCAAUUUAUAUCUAUCUUUCUAUUUCAUUCUUUUCAUAUCUAUCUCAGUCUAUUCUUAUCUAUUUCACUGUUUUCCUAUCUAUUUCAGUCUGUUCCUAUCUUUCUAUUUCUCUUCUAUGUAUUCCUUUUUCUACCUCUCUAUCUACCUUUUCCCCCUUCUCUAUCUACCUAUCUGUUCCUGUCUCUCCAUUUGUCUAUCUCUCCCUGUUUCUCUAUCUACCUAUCUAUCCCUGUCUCUACUUAUCUCCCCCUGUCUCUAUCUAUGUACCUAUCUGUCACAUUCUCUCUCGUUCUCUGUCAAUUCCCCUGUCUAUAUAUCUAUGUCCCCGUUUCUAUCUCCCUAUCUUCCCCUGUCUUUUUCUCUCUCUUUCUCUCAAUAUCUAUACCAUGCAAACACUUAUCCCUGGGGUGCCUACGUGCAGGAUUCGAACCAUGGUUCCUGUUGGCAUUUUUCAUCUACUAAUUUAUAAUUGCUAG